AUGCUACCAGCGCAGCUAUGCGCCCCAGAAGACGUUCUUUGUCAUGUUAUUCUAAAGUUCUUUAUCAUCUUCUUCAUCGCCUUCUUCAUCAAGUUCUUCAUCAAGUUUUUCAUCAUCUUCUUCAUCAGGUUCUUCAUCAUGUUCUUCAUUAUCUUCUUCACCAGGUUCCUGACCAGGUUUUUCAUCAAGUUUUCCAUCAGGUUCUUCAUCGGGUUCUUUGUCAAUCUUAAGUUCUUCAUCAGGUUCUUUAUCAAGUUCUUCACCAGGUUCUUUAUCAGGUACUGCCUCAAGUUCUUCAUCAUUUUCUUCAUCGCCUUCUUAUUCAUUACGUUCUUCAUCACCUUGUUCAUCGCUUUCUUCAUCAGGUUCUUCAUCAUCACCUUUUCAUCAAUACUGUACUUCAACAAGUUCUUCAUCUUCUUCAUCAUCUUCUUAUUCAGGUUCCUUUUCAGGUUCUUCAUCAUCUUCUUCACUUUCUUAAUCAUCUUCUUCAUCAUGUUCUUCAUUAAGUUCGUUAUCGGCUACUUUAUCGCCUUCUUCAUCAGGUUCUUCAUAAAGUUCUUCAUCACCUUUUUCAUCAGGGUUUUGAUCAGGUUCUUCAUCACCUUCUUCAUGGAGUACUACAUCAGGUUCCUCCUCAAGUUAUUUUAA